AUGAUCGUAUGGUUCCUGUCAACUAUCUCAUCAGCAAAACAAGAGCUCUCUCAUUCCUACGAUGUUCAUAAGUUUGUUCUUCAAGCUGAGCGCGUUGCGAAAUGGUUCGAUGCAUCAAAGGAUUCUGUUAACGCUUCGGAGUACGAAGAUGGACCUUACUUUUGUGUCGUACAGUCGAGCAGGAUGGGAAAGACCAAAUUAAUUUACGAAGGUUGCAAGCAGCUGGAACAAAAGAAUAAUUGGUCUUGCUAUACAGUUUUGCCAUUGACACUGAAAGAUUCCAAUGCGCUGACAAAUGGCGACGUUUUCUCUCACAGGCUAAAUCUCGAAGCAUCUAUGAAGGAAAAAACAGCCUUGGAUGCUGCAACGGCAGCACUUGAAUACCUGAAUACUUUCUGCGACAAACUAGUAGCUGAAGCAUCCAAUCAAGACGAUGAUGAAAAUACCAUAUUUCUUUGUUUUGAUGAAGCCCACGUAUACUUGGAAUGCCAAAGGUUCACGGACGACAAGGGCGCCGAGAACGUGAAGCAUGCUGCAUUUCUAUUUCGAUGUAUUCGGCUAUGGCUUCGGCAGAAGAAACGACAACACAAAGUGAUUGGUUGCUUUUUUGGCACGCUUGCAACCUUGGCAAGCUUCCGGCUGGAGCCUGAACCACAGCUGUCAGUUCCAUCAUCUCGAGACUUCACCCUGAGUGGCGCGCAGUACAACUUCUAUGAUAAAGGCGCAAAGAUGUUUCCAAUAUUUCUUCAGACAACCACAAUGGGUUGCCUCGCCGGUCGAAAUUUGGAGGGAGAUAAAGAAUUGGGUAAGCAUACGACAGAGUAUCGUCAGGCGAUACGCCAUGGACGACCGCUCUUUGAGCUCAUGGAGGAAAAUGGAGAUCUAGCAAGAAAUGAAGGAUCAGUAGUCCGUCGGAUGCUACUAUAUGGUCUCAGGAAUCACUGGAUUGUUGGGAAGGAGUCACUCAAAGCAUGUCUCAGCAUUUUGGGUACCAGGGUGCAAAUGGGCCAAACUUCUUUUCCUGUCGCUUCGGACAUGGUAGGUUACGGAUAUGCCAACCUGACUCAUGCCACUUCAACAGAUGCAAUAAUAUGCUACAUGCCAGAUCCUGUUUGUGGUCGUCUGGCCAUGCAACUGAUGGACCCAGAAUGGACAUUGGGUGACAUCAAAGGCAGGCCCAGUAGUUGGUGGCUGCGUAAGAUGAAGGAAAUUUUUUCACAAGGGCUCUGUCGAGCUGAAAAGGGGGACUUUGGUGAAGUCAUGGUUGCGCUGUACUUUCUUGUUUGUGCCGAUGUACUUCGGCGACAGGACAAUCACAAUCACACUACGUUUUCAGUAUCUCUUGAAGAUUGGAUAGAGCAGCUAACAACCGGUGGCCUUGAGAGAAGACAAGGGCGUCAUUCCGACGAGGAUGUUUUGCCAAAGCGGAAGAGCAAACGCCUCCUUGCUGCCAAAUCACAGGUCUCAAGACAGAAAAUGACUGCUGAGAAAGCGGACGAAACAAUGGAUGAAGCAUGCGAAGUUGAAGUAGAGGCUAGCAUCAGCUUUAUUCAAGUUUGUCGAAACUAUUUGCGUGCUUGUGAAGCCGACUGGGAAGGAUUUUGUUCGCAGGAUUUUCUAUCAUACAUGUACGCAAGCGGGACAGCUUUCUAUGUAUUCCCUGGUUGUCCCAUUAUUGACCUUGUCAUUCCCAUCAAGCUGUCGGGACAAGGGAAACAGAUUACUUUGCGCCUAUGGUGA